ACGAUCUUUGGAUGCCUCGUGCGCCGCGCAAAGGCUGCUGGGUAACCGGCUGUCAUGGCUCCGAUGUAAACAGAAAGUCGUGAUUAGCGACACUUUUUCUAGUUUUUUUGUUACACAGAAAUUUACUACGAAUGAACAGUGAACCGAGGAUAGAAGAAGCAGGCAUGUCCGCCGGAAACAAGGCCGCGGAGCUCCAGCUUCAGGUGAGGCAGAACGCGGAGGAUCUCCAGAGCUUCAUGCGGGAUCUGGAGAGCUGGGAGGAGGAGAUCAGGAGGAGGGAUGAGGAGCUGAGGACAGGAGGAGUCCAGGAGCUCCAGAAAAAACUCCCACCUGUUCGGAACAAAUCCUACAAAACCAAAUCGAGGGAAAAAAGGAAGAAAAAGGAGGCUGGUGACAUAAAAACAGAGGGGGUCCAACAGGCAUCCAGGCUGAAAUCCUACGAUUAUCCAUCCUGGGACAAGUUUGAUGUGGAUAAAGCUCUGGCAGAAAUGGAUAAGGAGGAAUCCCACGAGUCGGACUCGGAGGAAGCCGGCGUUGAUAAGGAGACCGCUCUGAUGGAGAAGGAGACGGGGAACAAGUUGUUUAAAGUGGGGAAGUAUGACGACGCCAUCGAGUGUUACACCAGAGGGAUGGCCGCUGAUCCGUACAACCCUGUGCUUCCCACCAACAGAGCCACGUCCUUCUUCAGGCUGAAAAAAUUCGCCGUUGCAGAGUCGGACUGCAACCUGGCCAUCACUCUGGACGGGGGCUACUGGAAGGCGUACGCUCGGAGGGGAGCCGCGCGCCUCGCUCUGAAGAAGCACGAGUCGGCGUUAGAAGAUUACCAGACGGUUCUCAAGCUGGACCCGAGCAACACGGAGGCUCAGGACGAAGCCAGGAAGAUCAAGGAGAUCCUCCGUCAGCAGGACGCGGCGGCGGGAGACGCUCAGCCCGCCGAGGCGCCAUCGGUGGAUCCCGACCAGCAGAGACGUCUGGAGGAGCAGCAGAGGAAACAGGAAGCAGCGUUGCAGAAGGAUAGAGGAAACGCUUACUUUAAAGAAGGGAAGUACGAGGCAGCGGUGGAGUGCUACAGUAAAGGAAUCCAGGCGGACGCUAUGAACGUCCUCCUGCCUGCAAACAGAGCCAUGGCGUUCCUCAAGCUGGACAGGUUUCAGGAAGCAGAGGAGGACUGCACCGCCGCCAUUUCUCUGGAUAACACGUACUCCAAGGCCUUCGCCCGCCGCGGGACGGCCAGGCUGGCUCUGGGGAAACUGCAGGAGGCGCGGGAAGAUUUUCAGCAGCUGCUGAAGCUGGAACCAGGAAACAAGCAGGCCCUGAACGAGCUCCAGAAGCUGCAGAGCGAUCUGGGUUCCGGUGAGGAUCUGCAAACAGAGAACGGCUCUCAGAGGAGGACGGUCCAACCUGUAGACAAACCAGAACAUCUGCGCUCAGCGAAACCUCUGAGGAAGAUCGAAAUCGAGGAGAUCAGCGGGACGCUGACGGCGGCCGAAGCCGGAGCAGCCGCUCCAUCGCUGCAGGAGGCCGAGAGGAAGACGGAGGACGGACCCUCCCCUCUGUCCACGUCACCCAGCGCCAAGAUGAUCAAGAUCGAGGAGAUAUCAGAAACUGCGUCGGAGACGCCCCAACGGUACGGCUCAGGCCGUAAAGCUCGGGAGGAAACCGUCCGAUCCCCAGAAGCGCCGCCUGAAACCCCCCCCACAGAGACAGAUGUUCCUCCCGCACCCGCCAACAGCUUCCAGCUGGAGUCAGACCUCCGAAAGAUCAGGAACCAGCCGGAGUGCGUUUACAGAUACCUGAGGCAAAUCAGUCCGCCGUCUUACGCCCAAAUCUUCCAGAAUUCGCUGGAAACAAACAUCCUUAACCAGAUCCUGACCACCCUGCGGGAUUUCUUCAUAAAGAAUGAGCCGCCGGCCUCCAUCCUGGAGACCCUCAGCAGCCUCGCCAGCGUGAGGCGCUUCGACAUGGCCGUCAUGUUCAUGUCGUCUCAGGAGAAGAAAGUGCUGAAGGAGCUGUUCGACUUCCUCCUCCAAGCCGGGUUGGAUCCGUCAUCCAUCGCAGUCCUGCAGAGGAAGUACGGCGUAUGAUGGAGGGACGGCGAAAAGCAAAGCUGCGUUCGGCGUCUUUGGUUCCACCGAGUUUAGGAAUGAUAUCGGACUUUCCAGCUUAUUUCUCAUUUUUUUUAGAUCCUACAGUGAUGCUGCUUUAAAUAUCCACUUGUUUUUCAAUCUGCCAAUUAAACAAACUGACUAAA